UGGGCAUACAUCUGAACGCCGUCAACGCGAUCCGAGCCUCUGACGUACAAGAGCGACUGGUUCGAGUUGAAUGAAGCAGUCCUGCAACUGCGCCCCUACCAGCAGCCCCAUCUGCCCGUCGCCGUCGCGUCGGUGCAGUCGCCGGCGGGUGUUACCUUGGCCGGUAAGCACGGCGCGGCUGUCCUCUCCAUGAGCAUCCCCCGUGAUACCGUCCGGUCCACCAGCCUCAAGGAACUGUGGUCCAUUGCCGAAGAUUCGGCGGCGGAACACGGCAAGGAGGUCCACCGUGAAGACUGGGGUCUGGUCGUGGGCCUGCACCUGGCCGAAAGCAAGAAGGAAGCCUUCAAAGACAUCCGGGUGGGCAGUGGUCGAUUGGUGACCGAAUACUUUGGCAACACCCUUGGCAACGAGGUGCCGAACGUCCCCCAGGACGAGAUUGUUGACUUCAUGGUGGAACACAACCAGUGGAUCGUCGGGACACCGGACGACUGCAUCGCUGGGAUUGAGCGGCUGCAGGAAAUCAGCGGCGGCUUUGGCAGCUUCAUGAUACGGGUGGAAGACUGGGCACCCCGUGAGAAGAUCAUGCGCAGCUACGAACUGCUGGCCCGCUACGUGAUGCCCCACUUCCAGGGCAGCCUGGUGGGUAUCCAGACCUCCAACCAGUGGGCCGCUCAGCGCAAGGAUGCCCUGCAGGCAAACCGGGUAGCCGGCUUGCAGCGCGCCACCGACUCCUACUACGCCAACCGCGAAUAA